AUGAGCAGCAAUUUAGAGAACCUGCGGUCCAGGAUUAUGGCUAGUAUAAAUAGCAAGAAGGAGGAGAAGAAGGUGCCGACGGGGCCCAGAGCGGCAAUGGGCGCAUCGGAGGGAGCUGGCAGCAAUGAAAGUGGGAGCAGCGGGGGCUGGCAGGGCGGCGAGCGGGCCGGGAGGGGCGCGGAGCGCGGCGAGAUGCGUGGCGAGCGCGGCGACGGGUGGGGGCGCGGCGGGGAGGGCGCGGCGCGGCGGGGCGGGCACCAGACCGCAUCCAACAGCAUGCCUCUGGGCGCGCCGAGCCGGUUCGGGGGCGGGGGCGAGGCGCGGAGGGGCCCGGGGGGCGGCGAGGGUGGGUGGAGCGCGCCAGGAUACGACACGCGGCGCGGCGGGCGCGUGGGCAGCCGAUACGGCGGGCGUUUCGACGGGGGCCCGGGGCGCAUCGGCAAGCCUGCGGGCGGGCGGGGCUACAGCGGCCCUGGGCGCUUCCGCGACGGCGCGGGGCGCGGGGCGCCGGCGGCGCGGGGGCUAGGGCGCAAGGCGCGUGCCGGGCCGCCGUUUGCGCGCGAGUGGGUGCCCGAUGAGCGGGAGGUGGACUGGUCGCGGGUACCCGCGCUGGAGGAGCGGCCGCGGCUGCGGCCGACGCGGUGGGACGUGACGCCGCGCGGGUUUGAGCAUGUGCCUGCGGAGCGCGCGAAGCUCUCGGGCCUGUUCCCGCUGCCCGGCCAGCCGCAGGAGCUGGAUCGCAUGACACUGGAGGGCAUCGCGGAGAAAGGCGCACUGAACAGGCGAACGAAGAUCCUUUUCGAGGACCCCACGAAACCGAACCUCGCGCAGUGCAAGCUCAACCGCACGCUGGUUUUGAGCGGCGAGGGCGUGGGCGACCUGGACCGUGUCGCGGCCUGUGUCUCUGACAUGCUGAAGAACAUCACGCUCGAGGGGGAGCACGUGCUGUCCUCGUGUGAGCAGCGCAAAGGCGCACUGGUGCUGGAGCUCAAUUCGGAGGAGUCCGCAACGCUUGUGCUGGCGGCACAGGCGUACCUGAAGAAUCAGCUGAACUCGCAUAUCGUAUGGCAGCGGCCGGAGGAGUACGUUGCGCGCCUCGACGCCGAGGAGCCCAUCUGUGACCGCAACCUCAUAGCCAUGCUGGGCGUUCCACUGCAGAGUGCAAGCGAAGUUCCUGGCUGGCUGCAGGAGCAGGACAUCACAUACUCUUGGCUGCAUUCUGUGGAGGUUGCUCGACAGGGCGCCAACAUAUUCACACAGGCGGUCCUUUAUACGCCAGCCAGCGCCGAGGCGCCGCUGCCUUCGCCGCAGGGCGUGCAGGUGCUCCAGCCCAAUGCCAGCGAGCUGACACAAAACUACUCUGACAUAUCGUAUCAGUCCUUCUCCAAGGUCGUGGCGGUUCAGACUCAUAAACCGUCUAAGGUAGUGUGCCUACUGAAUGCGGUGGACCCUUUAGAACUCAAAAACGAACGCUACUACAGGGAGGUCCAUGACGCCGUCAUGUUUGGAACCCCCGUUCUCAACUGCGGGCCUGUGGAGAGCGUCAAGAUUCCUGUUCCGGGCCCGGACUUCAGGAACAACUUCGAGAGCGUUUCGCUCCAGAUAGGUAAGAUCUUCAUCAAAUUCAAAGAGCUCAGCGGUGCAGAACGUGCAAUGCUGAUGCUAGCCGGCAUGCGCUUCUGCGAACGUACGAUUAUAUGUAGUUACUAUAGUGAGCGCGACUUCGACAUGGACCUCUUCUGA